GCUGAUAACGACCUAGCCCGAUGUCUAGGACAAGUUCUCACUCCAGAAUAUCGAGAAACUCUUCGGUGUCAGAUUACAUUGGUACUGGCACGAGGAAUGGGCUCAGCUCAAGUCCUAACCUGAUCCUGGCCAACGCACAUACCAAUAGCCUCAAUAACUUCCUUUCCUCGUUCAAACGCUCUCAAUCCUUCACGGGCCAGAAUGUCGAUGUGUUAUCGAAUUCCAGCAUUUAUGAGGAGGACGUCUUAGAGGAAGAGGGAACUAUGAAUGAGACCACUGGACUUAUCCGGCUUCCCGCUAAUAAGAGUCGACGUGGGAGUAUUAUAUCCAGUUAUACUAUCAUUACUGGUAAUUCGACUCUUCCUCAAACUGUAUUCAAUUCGAUCAAUGUGUUAAUUGGAAUCGCUUUAUUGUCAUUACCAUACGCCUUACGACUUAGUGGUGUGGUUAUAGGCACCAUGAUGAUAGUAGGGUGCUAUCUGGUGACGGUGCAUACGGCUCGUAUUCUUGGAGAGAUAUUAAGGAAGAAACCUCAUUUGGUGACCUAUGGUGAUAUUGCCGGAUAUGCUUACGGUCCCGGAGCCCAGUUGGCAAUCACGUCCUUCUUCAUGUUCGACAUCACCGGAGCGUUGAUUUCGUUGUCGCUUCUUUUCAGUUCCUCUUUUGCAGUUUUAUUCCCAUUGAGUGAGAGCACUUUCAAAGUUAUCAUCUAUACGGUGAUGUUCUUUUUGACAUUUGUGCCCUUGAACUACUUGUCAAUGUCCAGCUUGGCCGGUGUGGCUAGUGUAUUUACGAUGGUGGUGUUGAUAUUCAUUUGUGGUUUCACCACCCCUGAUUCACCCGGAUCUUUAAUCAACCCAAUGCCUAUUAACCUAUUCCCAACCAACGGGUCAGUAGUGGAUGUUUUGCUCAGUAUAGGGAUGUUCAUGGCCCCAUGGGGAGGCCACCCAGUGUUUCCCGAACUCUAUAAAGAUAUGAAACACAGUUUUAAGUAUGAAAGGAGCUGUGGCAUUUCUUUUACUUUCACGGUGAUUGUGGAUUACGCGAUUGCGUUGAUUGGUUUACUUAUGUUUGGGAUGGAAUGUCAAGAUGUGUUGAUAAAAAACAUCAUGAGUAACGAUAAUUAUCCAGAGUUUGUAAAGCCGUGUUUUUUGAUUAUAAUGGGGAUCCUACCAAUGCUGAAGAUGCCUCUUUUGGCAAAACCUAUAAUCACCACAUACGAAAACUACUUUGAAUUGAACAAAGAGAAGAUGACGAUAGUGGACAUAGUCAAAAAGCUUAGUGCCCGAGUAUUGUACGUGGUACUUUCGUUGGGAGUCAGCUUGAUGGUGAAGUCGUUUGGCAAAGUCGUUGCAUUUUUUGGUUCUUCCGUGUGCUUUGCCUUGUGUAUGGUGUUCCCCUACCUUUUCAAAUUGAAGAUCCUUAAAGACGAAAUAUCCAAGACAGAAACCAUUUGGCUAUGGUCUGGAGUGAUUUUUGGAACCGUUAUUGGAGCACUAGGGACUUUAGGAGUAGUUAUAGGUGUAUAAGAGACAAAGAAUUUAAUAAUUAGGAUGUGAUAUAUUCA